CGGGGCCGUGUCAUGCGGGCCGCAGCACCGGGAAGUGCGGAGCCGAGCCGGGAAGCAGGAUGGUGGGCUGGGACUGGGCGCUGCUGUGCACCGCCGCGCUCCUUGUGGUGGCGGAGCUCGUCUGGGCGCCGGACCCGUAUGGAGAAGAAUGCAGGACUAAAACAUACCCUCCUUCAGGGCCAACGUUCAAAGGGAACAUACCCACGUAUGUCAUAAAUCUUGAUUUACCUCCCAGCAAAAGAUGGGAUAACUUGAUGCGCGACAAAAAGACAGAGCUGAAGACUGUGGUCCAGAAUAUUAAAGAUAUAGCAAAUACCUUCUUCCCCAGUGGCAAAGUUGUUGACAUAGUGGAUAAGAAAAUAGUUCACCUGACAGCCACACUUCCUUAUCCUUUCAAUGAAGAACUUACAGGGAUUGCAAAUUCAUCUGGGAUUCCUUUGGGGGAAAUUGUUAUUUUUAACAUCUUUUAUGAAAUUUUUACUGUAUGUACAUCAAUAGUGGCGGAAGAUAAAACAGGGAAGCUGUACCAUGCCAGAAACUUGGAUUUUGGGCUUUUUCUUGGGUGGGAUGUUAAAAAUAACUCCUGGACUUUAACUCGGGAACUGAAGCCCAUAGUGGUGAACUUGGACUUCCAGAGAAACAACAAAACAGUAUUCAAAUCUACAAAUUUUGCAGGAUACAUAGGCAUGGUGUCUGGAGUCAAACCAGACUUGUUCACUCUGACAAUGAAUGAGCGUUUCAGUCUUGAUGGUGGUUAUGUUGGAAUCUUCGAAUGGUUUCUUGGUAGAAGAGAUGGUAUGUGGAUGGGCUUUCUUACAAGAGCAAUACUAGAGAAUGCUACAAGUUACCAGGAUGCAAAAGACAAACUGGCAAAAACAAGACUGCUGGCUCCAGCUUACUUUAUACUGGGUGGAAAAAAUUCAGGAGAAGGGUGUGUGAUAACUCGUUCCAGGACAGCCACUCUGGAUAUCUGGGACCUUGAUAUCCAGAAAGGUACGUGGUACGUCUUAGAAACAAACUACGAUCGCUGGAAGCCUCCACUGAUCUUGGAUAAUCGCAGAACACCUGCAAUGAAAUGCCUGAACCAGACAACACAAGAGAACCUCUCCUUACCAGCAAUUUAUGAUGUUCUUUCUACAAAGCCUGUCCUCAACAAGCUGACUGUGUGCACAACACUGAUGGAGGUGGAUAAUGGCCAUACAGAGACUUACCUGCGGGAGUGCCCAGAUCCCUGUAGCCCUUGGUAGUCCUCUACCUUUCCUAUGUUGGAAGCUGCUUGUCAGAGUUGGAGGUCAUCCAAGAAAAAAUAAUUUUGGAAAAAGGUUCCUCAAACUCCUCUCUUCAGAAAUCUAAUGGCUACAUAGAAAUGUCAAUGAGCUUCUAACAGUGGGGGCCCCACUGUCACAGUGGACUUUCCUGCUUUCUGACCAGCCAUUGUGCUGACAAGAAAUGUAUACUAAUGAAUGUCUGGUUUGAUUUCAGCCAUUUCUGACAAAUGAGUUUAGCAGCUGGCUCUAGAUCUCUUCAGUCUUGGCAGUGUUCUUUGUUUGGUUUGUUGUUGCUUGUGGGUUUGUUAUUUUUUCUUAUUUGGUUGGGGUUUUUAGACUUCCAAAGCACACAGGAGUUAAAAUUGCACUUAUCAAGCAUGAAAAAUACUGGGUAUAAGAAGGCCAUCUGGGAGGAAUGAAUAACAGAACUGUACCCUAAACACCCUAAACACAUUAAGGUGAAUUGCUAGUGUUCUCCAGUGUAAGGAGAUUUCAGAGAUAACCUGUUAUAAAAUAACCUACCAGGUGUCAUACCUACGCACAGAAAUGAGGUCUUAGGGCAAUACCUAAAAUGAGAUCCGAGCCAAAAAAAUGUCUUUUCACUAAUGUAAAGAUACUCUGCUGAAGCUCUUUCUUGGCCCAGUAACAAUUUUUUAAUACAGAUUAUUCUGUUGUCUCAAAAAAAUAAAUACUAAUACAGUA